AUGACAACAACGGCCACAAUGUUCACAAAACCCAAACCCCCAAACCUUGAGUACCCAGAACUCUACGAGUUCCCCGCCUUCUUCACAAGAUAUCAUUCCUCCUCUUCCCCACAAAAUACACAGCCCAACGACACCACAUGGGCCCAUCAACGCUCAAUCUGGGCCGCCUGGGUCCUGUCCUACUGCCGCGCGCACAAGAUUUGGAAAUUACAGCUCAGCGACGCACUCGAGACUGAGUUAUUUUAUAACAGAAAUCUCAACCGCAGAUUCAAGCAACGUGAUGCAGCAGAACUCUUGGAGUACAUGGUAACGGAGGGCGACGUGGAGUGGGAAGGUGUGGGGAAAGCUACGGCGAUAGUGUAUUGGAGGAAGCCGGAAGAGUGGGCUAAUGUUAUCUAUGAAUGGAUCGAUAGCACUGGACAAAAAGGAAGCGUACUCACGCUUUACGAGAUAUCUGAAGGGGAUCUCACCAGGAAUCAAGAGUUCCACACAAUAGACCCAUACGUCCUCCGUAAAGCCCUCGACUUUCUCGUCAAACGUAGUCUCGCACAAGUAUUUGGUGCGAACGAGGAGAUGGGAGUUAAGUUCUUCUAGGCGCCAUAUUGGACGAUAUGCAUAUAAUAAUACAAGGUAGUGCUAGCUCGGUUUUUUAUUUUUCAUUUCAUCUGUUUUUUCACUUUGCUCUGGCUCGCGGUCCAUAAUACGCAAGCUGUAUAUACAAGAAUCAUAUAUUAUAUAAUAAUAAUAUUAUAUAUUCCCCUC